CUGAUUGACUUUAUAUAAUCAUCAUAAAUAGAUUAGGGAUCCUUACAAAUUCUUUUAACUGUGGUCUCUUAGUCUUCUCUACUAUAUGAAAUUUAUUAAAUUUGUUAAAGGUUAUGGUGAACGUUACGCUGGUAUUCUUUUCUGGACUGCUAUGGUCGUGUGUUCGAAUAUUGUUGCUUGAGGAUUAUUUGGACGAGAAGUCGAAAGUUGUGGCUUUUUUUUUACCUUGUUAUCUUAUUUUUAUAAUUGGUUUCUUUUUCUCAGUGUAUAACACAGGAAUUUUUUCGUUAAAAUAUUGAAAGGAACGAUUUACAAAAGUGAAGAGCAUAUUAUUCUAUGCGGUACGAUUUCUCCAAUAAUUAAGGUACGUAAAUUCCGAUUAAUAAUUCC